UCACUUGUCAGGUUUUACCUUGUAAACUGAACUGUUGACACAGUAGUCCUCGUUCAACGAAUCUGUGGUAACUGCAACUGGCUGAUCAGGGGUGUCUGGUGACUGGUUAUACGGAAAGCAUACUGACACUGUACAUAAUUGUAUCGCGUCCGCGUAGAGGUCGAUCCUCACUGCGCCAUGCUGAUUUACCGAGACACUGUCAACGCGUGGAACGGCGUGGACGUCGAGGUGGACGGCGGCCAGCUGCAGCACGGCAACGUCAUCGGCGUGGUGGAGAAGGGCCUGCUCAUUGAUUUCCAGUGUGGUAAUCAGCGCUCGCAGUUUGUGGAGUACGAGCGCAACAUUUUCCACUACAGCGAGUACGAGCGCGCGCCCGUGCAGUGCCCGACAGCGCGUGCGCAGGUGCUAUCGCGGCGGCAGUUACAAACCGACGGGCCGUGGCUGUGGUACGAGGCCAGCGUCAUCCCCAAUGUGUGCACGUCGUACGACAACGAUGCGCUGUUCGUGGAGCUGCAGUUGCCGCAGGGCGUGGGCACCGUCCACGAGCUGCUCCCGUUUCAGCAGGUGCGCGCACCGCCCACGGACGCCCAUCUUAACAAGCGGCGCGUGGAGAAAGGCCAGUUUGUGCAGCGCUGCUGCCCGCUGCCGACCGCCUUCUGGUCAGCUGCAAUGCCGCAGCUCGGGACUGUUUUCAACAGGGAACUGGGCGAGCGACACAGGGUAGUGUUCGUCGCUCGACUGAAGCAGACUCUGCUUUAUCUACAGAGGGCCUAUAACAAAGACCAACUGGACGCUGAGAAACUGGAGAAGGUAUGCCAGCUGGCGACCAAUGCAGCGGAAGGCAGUGGCACCACUUCCCGUUUGCCGGCGGUGCGCGCCCAGCCGAUGAUGGCGAUGACCGAUCAUGUUGGCAGCGGGAGCGGGUCCGGUGGCCGCAAACGGCGCCGAGGGGUGGAUAGCGGGGCCGGGUGUCUGCAGUUGCCGGCGGAAGUGCUGCUGGAGGUCUUCCGCACGCUGGACUCCAUCGAGCGCGUCCGCUGUCGGCGUACCUGCGGACUGUGGAACGGCCUGCUCACCACGGAGGCCCACUUCCCGGAGGUGCGCGUGUCGGGGGAAAUUGAGGAUUACGGGGAUCAAGGGGUGUUCGGUGAGGAGAGCAUGUACUGGGCGAUGGCCUGCAUCCUCAAGUGUCUCCACCGUCGCACCAAGGCGCUGGUCAUCAGCAACCGACAGCUUGGCGGCUAUGCGCAGCUCUUUGAAGCGGUGCAGCACCGACUGCAGAACGGCCGUCGUCUGCCGCUGGUGGUCUUCUUUGGCUGUGUUUUCGGCUGCGACCGACUGAGUCUGCCGGACAUGAUGGAGCUGGAGGCUGGCGUGGUCAGGAAGUGCCCGGGUCAGCGCGUGGUGUGGAAGGAAUGCCGGCUGUUUGACGGGUUUCUGCAGGCCGCGAUUGCCUAUCACGAAUUCGACGUCCAGGGCCAGUCGGCCGAGCAGAUGGAGAUGCAGCUGUGGGAUGUGUUCGAGGGCAAUCUGGUUGUGGAGGAGCCGCUGGAUUUGCCGGCCCUACAGGCCAUGAUCGCUGCGGCCCACCCUCCCGCGGGGAUCUGCCAGUUGAGUGCGAAGCGCGUCUUCAUAUUGGGGCAGGGUCAAUACCAGGAUGCAGAUCCCCGCCCGACCACCACGCACUACCGCGACUGGCACUGGAGGCUGGACGCCAUGGCCGGUGUGGAUGUGCGCAAGCUGACUAAGCUGACGGCGGCCUUCCUGGCCAAAGUGUACAGCGAUCCGCAGUCCGAUGAGUGGGACGGGUAAUCGCCGGAUGCCGACUCUCUUGACCUUUGGCUGGCGCAGCUGUUUACCCAGAUGGAAUGCUGUGCCGGCGGAGUACAGUAUGAUCCUCUUUUGCAGCUGAAUUCCUGCUUAGUGUCGCGGAUAAGCGUUUGUUUUUGCUUCUUGUGGAUCAGUUAUUUUUGGCUGGUGUCACUGUUUCCUCUAUAGACGAUUAAUUCCCUUUCCUGCUAUGGUAAUUUCAUUUUUCUCAGAUUGUUUCCUGCUUGUAAACGUUACGGACUUGUGUCGCCGCCUCA